AAUUCAGACAGCAGCUUGAGAUACACUUGCUUCCAGAGAAAGUGGCAUCCUGUACCUUGAGACUUCUCUGAACUUGGAUUCAACAGCCCCACCAUGAUCACCACCAAAGGUUCUUGCUGGCUGCUGUUGCGUUUGGCCGUCCUCCUCGUGGUUCUGCUGGUGCAGUCCAGCGAAGGAGCAAGCUACCGGGAUUUUGCGAACAGACACAUUGAUUAUCCGAAAACUGCAGCAAACAACCACAAUGCCUACUGCAACUUGAUGAUGGCUCGGAGAGGACUGAACAGGCCGGUCUGCAAACCCACCAACACCUUCAUCAACGGCAGUCCUCGCUCCGUCCAGGCAAUCUGUGGCAGUGGGGGAACUCGCUUCCGGGGCAAUUUAUAUACCAGCAGGAGGCGCUUCCGUGUGAUCGUCUGCCGCAGCACAGGAAGAUUCCCCAACUGUAAUUAUCGUGGCAGGGCGCAGUCCAAGCGAGUCCGUGUGGGCUGCAGAAAUAGACUGCCUGUUCACCUUGACAGAUUAGUGUGAUGCAACCCACCAUUCAUCCACAGGAAGCAGAAGUCUGAGGACAUUCUGGCAACCGUUGAAUUUCCCUUUGCUUGCUGCUUUCUCUACCGCUUAACUUUGAGGGCAUAUCCACACUGCAGGCUUAAAGUGGAUUAGCAAUAGUUCCUUCCUACCCUGGGAAAUGUAGACCUGAGAGGAGGGGGCGGGGGUCACUAAUGAAUAUUUAUGGGCGUCACUUCUUUGAUCAUUCAGUUCUUUUUCUUUGCUUUCUGCUUUUCCUACAAUGUAACUCCACAGUGGAGGUUUAAACCCAGUUUAGAAAUAGUUCCUUCUCCCCAGGGGCCCCUGGGGAACUGUAGGUCUGAGAAGCGGAACUAGGGGAAUUAAACUGUUCCUUAGUCAGAUCUUUUUCUGUGUGGUUUUCAGGGUUUUGCCAAAGGUGGAAAGAUGCCAAAGAGGACGGCACAACUUUUGCACUUUUAGUGGUUGGGUACUAAAAAGAAUAAUCACAGAAUGUGUAGCUCAUCAUGAAAGCUAGAACUUCUGAAAUUCCCUCUUUUACACAGUGUGUAGGACACCCUGCUGUUAUCUCUUCAUCUCCUCCAGCAUCCCUUCCUCAGCACCCUCAUCUGAGAAACAUCAUGCAUUUCAAAUGAGUCAAUUUGUUCACUGAGAAACUGAAACAGGGGUGGAGAAUCUGUGGCCCUCUAGUGGCCAUUUGACCUUAACUCCCAUCAGCACAAGCUAGUAUGAUCGAUGGUUAUGGAUGAUGGGAGUUGUGAUCCUGCAAUACCUUGAGGGCCACAAAGUUCCCCAAUGGCAUUAACCCUCUGCUUCAACCAGGCAUGCAUAUUGCUUGAUUUCUGUAUGCAUCGUUACUCCCUAGCAGUGACUGGAAGCUGAAAGCAUGACCUUCUCCUUCCAUACAGAUACACUAGGGAAUGCUGCCUGAGAGAAGACAUUCUCUGUGACAGUCCCUAAGGUGUUAAAUUCCCCUUUCCCCACAGGGAUGUUUCUGACACCUAUAUUACAAAGCUUUCACCUUUGCUGAAGACUCAUCUCUUUGCCCUGGUUUUCGACACCUGAGAUACUUGUUUUUAGGAUUGUAAAUUGUUUCAAAUGGUUUUAAUCCUUUAUUGUUACAUUGUGGAUGGUAUAUUGGAACGAUAUGAUGAAUGGCAGGCAAGAAAUCUAUAAUCAAUGUUAAUAAAUAACACUUUUUCCUACCUCCUCCAAAUAUGUAUCAACUUGUAGAAGCCUUUACUAUCAUAAGCACCCUUGCUUUAGCAUGCAAUAAAAUGAAUUUUUGCAAAUGCAAAUACUGAAA